AUGAAAUUCGCUGAAUCAUCCGAUUUAUCGACAGGACCUAAUUCAAACUCCGCAUCACCGGGAAAAUGCAAUUCAGACGAAGGUGAUGAUCAGAGGGGCAGCUCCCAGUCUACGACUCCAAACUCAUCACUUGAGGCGAAUGUCCCUACCGACACUUCUUCACUGUCAAACUUUAAGGAAGCGUCAAUAAAAUCGUCUGAGGGAACAAGUAAAUCCUAUUCCAUGGAGGACAUAUUGAGAAGUAAUCCGCAAUCAACCCCAAUAAAAAGGGGAGUAGACGAAACUAUAUCCGAGGAGAGGGAAAUGGAAACAAACAGUACCGCAGACGAAAUAAUGCAAUUUAUAUGUAGCUUAGGGAAACACAACGAAGCGGAACAGGAAAUAUUGCGAAAAGAAAUAUUAAAAUUGUUAAAAACUAUUGAAAAUUUGAAGGAAAAUCCCGGUAUUAAAGCAGAACCCACCGGUGAGUCGAAUAAAGCUUCAAAUGAGGAGGCAUGGAAGCGAUGCGUUCUACCAACAGACAACGUAAUACUUCCUCCCGCAUUUUUGCCCCCCGCUCAAAGGGAUAUGUUUGGAUUUUUCACCAACCCUCGAAGUUUAGCAGAAUCUUUAGAGUCUUUGCUCCUGAAGCCAUUUCCGAAUUAUUACCCGCCUUUAAAUAAUGUAAAUGAAAAAAUUAAACAGACCCCCCUAUCACUUUUGCCACCAAACAUUAGUAUUCCGGUUGAGGCGAUGACGACUAAUCAAACUGAGGCGCUUUCUUUAGUUGUGGAUAAAGACAACAGUAGUCACCCAUCGCUCCUCGAUUCUACUCAAGGAUUUGAGAACUCAAUGCUUUCCCCGAGGAAGAAGAGGACAAAGGUUACCGACACCCGAUUGCCUCCACAGAAAGUAGCAUCCUCAAAUGGCAUAAAUCCACUCACAUUGGACGAUUCCCCGUUCCAAAAAUCCAUUCUUGGAUUGCCAUUCAAUGAUAACCAAAAAUUCAUGGAGAGUCUUAAGAACCUACUUCCUUUAUCACUAGCUUCACCACCUAAUACGGUGGAGAGGUCUAAUAUUUUUAACAAGACGCUUCCAACACCCAAUCACCUAUUUCCACUCUUCCAUCAACCUCCAUUUUUACCAGGGAAUUCACAAUUUCCUUUUCCCCACAAUCUAUGUUCUGAAUCAUCACCGAUACCCACCUCAUGCUCUUCUGGUUUAUCUGAACCGGGACCAAUAAGACGCAAUCGUUCUAUAGGAAGUCGAAGAGUAACUAAUACAGCAUCGAUGUUGAAUUAUGGAGGAGAUGCAAGACCCUAUCGGAUACCAACCUCAAUUACUGAUGAUGGAACAGCUCGUCUUCAUUCCUCUAUGUCAACACAUCCACUUCCAAUGGUAAGUGCAAACUCCUUGAAUGAGAAUUAUGAAAAUCUUAAGGGCGUAUAUGCAGUCUGUCAAAAAUAA